AUGUAUUUACUUACCAUCAGAUUCUCAAUUUCAUACAGGUACGAUUGUGGGGUAUGGACAGUCAUCUGGAAGGGUAUUUCUCCAUCUGAAGUUGUCUGUAUCAGAAUUUUAGUAUGUUUUGGUGACACCUGUCUUACUUGUAUCAACGCUGCUUGCUGGUUACAAGGAAAUACAGGGAGUGGCAUCUUCACUAAACGAGUUAUCGUUGGUGCUUGUCACCAUAUGCUUGGAAGAUUCUCUUCAAAUUUUGCCAAAGAACUUCUUCUUAGUAGACAGAAGGUUGUAGUUGUUCAUUGUGAAGAGAUCUGUGUUUCUGGUGGUCUUGUUUGGCUCUUGCUAAGAUCCUUUGGAGGAGUAUCCGUGGUGAGUGGCAUCUGCUCUACAAGAGUGGUCGUUGAUGCUCGUCUCCAUAUACUUGGAAGAUUAUCCUCAAGUAUUGCCAAACUUCUUAAUGGACAGAAAGGUGUAGUUGUUCGUUCUGAAGAGUUCUUCAAUCAGAAUACCGUGAAAACGGGGGAAUUUAAGGUUCCGAAAUUCAAAAUCGUUUUUGACUUUGAAGCAUCAAGAGCACUCCAGGAAUUGGGCGUAGUUUUGCCUUUUGAUCAAUCAAAAGCAGAGCUGACGGAAAUGGUGAAUAUUGAUGGUACUAGUGAGCUUCAUGUUUGGAAAGUUUUUCACAAGUGUUUUGUUGAAGUUGAUGAAAAAGGAACAGUGGCCGCUGCUUCUACUGCUAUUGUAGGGGGAAGUUGGGCCUGCGCGGCUUCGAAAGUUGUCGAAUUUGUGGCAGAUCAUCCUUUCAUGUUCAUUAUACGAGAGGAGCAAAGUGGUGUGGUGUUGUUCAUGGGACAUGUCCUUAAUCCAUUGUUAAAUUUGUGA